AUGGGGAGACCGCAAAACAGCAGCCAAAGGGAAAGGGCAGCCGAGCCUCUGGCUCUUCUUGACAUACAGUGAGUUUGCCGGCCAGUCCAGGACCAAGUCCCAGCCCUGCAGCCCCCUGCCCAGCCCUCAAGACCUCCCCGAGGCCAGUUCCUGAUGAAUGACGACAACGGUCUCCCCACACUGGAGGACCAGGUCCUCGGCCCCGUUUGCCUGGAGGUGUUCCGCAACCCGGUCCCUACCGCCUGCGGGCACAACCUCUGCAGAACCUGCCUCCAGGGUUUCUGGGACCACCGGGCAGCUGUGGGAGAGACGCUGUAUUGCCCCCAGUGCCGAGAGAGCUUCCCCUCCAGGCCUCGCCUCUGCAAGAACGUCAUCCUGGAGGAGAUGGUGACCUGUUUCACCCAGGCCAAGGACCAGGCCUUGGGGUCCUCACAGAACCUGGCCGGGCCCAGAGACGUGCCUCGUGACUUCUGCCCAGAGAAGCUCAGGUCAGUCAAGUCGGGCCUGCAGUGCAUGGUCUCCCUGUGCGAGAAGCACCUGUGCAGCCACUUCGAGGACCAGGUGUUCCAGGGCCACCAGCUGCUGGGGCCCGUGUGGGACCUCAAGAGCCGGCUGUGCCGGAAGCACUGCAAGCUACAGAGGCUGCGCUGCCGCACGGGAGGCUGCUGCGUGUGCGGGGCCCGCCUGCUGAAGGAGCGCAAGAACCACGACACCAUCCCCCUGGAGGAGGAGCCUGCCAGCAAGGAGGUCGAGGUUCGGAAGGUCCGGGGCAACGAGGAGAACCAGAUGCUGACCAUCACCUCUGACAGCCAAAUGCACCGGGGCCAGGCGGCUUUUCUCUCGAAAUUGAUCCAGACAACUCGGGAUGAGGUGAACACCUGCUUUUCGGAGAUCAUCCAGGAGAUCAAACAGAUGCAGAUGAAGGUCUUGGAUUUCAUGGAGAAAGAGGAGGCAGCCGCCCUGGGGAAGCUGGGCAGCUCCAUGCAGCAGAGCCACAAACCGCUCCUGAAGCUGGAGGGGGACAGCAUCUGGCUCUGCACCCUGCUCGCCGCCAGCCGGAGCGACCAGCAAUUUCUGCAGGAGUUCCCCAGGCUGAAGCACUUCCCGGCCUGCGUGGAACCCCUGAUGGGCACCAACCGUGAGGAGAAGCAGAGCUUCCGCCGGCUGCCAGAGACCUUGGCAGAGCUCCGGACCCGGCUGGUGGACGUGGGUCUCAGCUUCAUCAACCAGCUCUUCCUGAAGGGCAUCAAGAUGAACACCUAUGAGGUGCUGCCCCCAGCUGUGGACAGGGAAACACUUCUCAAGUGUGAGUCCUCAGUACUGGGGUCCAGCCCCAGGGGUGGGAAGGAAAGGAUCAGGGCCUGGGUGCAGGCGCUGUGCUCGCGCGGCCUGGCAGAGGGCUGCCACUACCGGGAGGCCGAGGUGUCCAACUCGUGGGUGUGCCUGGGCGUCACCUACCGUCGCUCCCCCCCACUCGGCGGCCGCUCGCGCCGCAGCAUCGUCUACCUGCUGGGCCGCGACCCCGACUCGUGGUGCCUGGAGUGGGACUCGCUCAAGUUCUCCGUGUGCCACAACAGCACGCAGACGGUGCUGCACGGCGGCCGCCACCGCACGCUCGGCGUGGCGCUCGACUGCGGCCCCAGCUGCCUCUCCUACGGCGGCGUGAGCCUCACCUACCGCUUCCUGGCCUCCUUCCUGGAGCCGCUCUACCCCGCGGUCAUGGUCAGCAGCGGCGCCUCGGUCACGCUCAAGCAGCGCCCGGAGGCGUAG